AUGGUCCAGUCUCCUAUCAUCCGCGUUGCGCUCACUGUCGUUACCUCCGUGUUUGUGUACUAUGCUCUCAAAUUUCUUCGCUUCCAGUACCGCAAAGUUACUUCUCCGCUUCACUGCAUACCAGGGCCCAAGUCUACCCAUUGGUUGAUGGGUAACCCUGAGGUGAUGGGCAAGAUGCGCCAGCUAUAUACGACCGACACUCGUGCGCUGAGCUAUGUCCUGCAACACGGUGAAAACUAUCAGAAACCGGACUUUCGUAGGGAGGGUAUUAUCCAUGGUGAAGGUGAGCCGAUCUGCACUUCUGAACGUAGGAUCAUCGUUGAGGCCAUGUCAGGCCUGUUGCGCGUCAGAGGAGACCAGCACAAGAACCAGAGGCGGAUCAUGAACCCAGCUUUCGGCCCCAUCCAGCUUCGCGACUUGACCCCUAUCAUAACGGACAAGGUUAACCUUAUGCGCGAUCUUUGGCUCCGCGAGGUCCCCUCGAACGGCGAACCCAUGGUGCUUGAUGCCCUGAGCUGGCUCAGCAAAGCGACACUUGAUAUCAUUGGCCUCGCCGGGUUCCACUACGCUUUCAACGCACUAAACCCUGAAAAGAAGCCGAACGAGCUUAAUGCUGCGUUCAGUGCAUUUUUCAACGACACCGGGCUCAAAUUCACCUCAGUUAAUGGGAUUCUGAGAGGACUAUUUCCCAUCAUGGAUAAGGUCUUCCCUGACAAAGGAGUGGACAAGGUGAUGAAAGCCCGUGCGACUAUGGCACGCAUUCAGGACGAACUCCUUGUGGAGAGCAAGGCGCAGUUUGCUGAUGAACGGGAGAAGGACGGGGGCAAGAACAAGGCCCGAGAUCUCUUGAGCUUGCUGGUUAAGGCGAACAUGUCGCAAGACGGCGGGCGGCACUUAACCGACGCAGAACUAAGCGGACAGAUUCCGACAUUCUUAGUCGCCGGUCACGAGACAACGAGCACAGCAACUGCAUGGGCCCUUUUUUCUCUGACACAGCACCCUGUUGCUCAAUCCAGGCUGCGUAACGAAGUUCUCACCCUCCCUACUGACACGCCUAGUAUGGACGAGCUUAACUCGCUCCCGUACCUUGAAGCCGUCGUGCGUGAAGCGCUACGCCUGCACGCGCCUGUGCCGCUUUCGGUGCGUAUCGCCCAGCAGGACGAUGUCAUCCCGCUCGGUACGCCUUUCGUGGAUAUCAAUGGGAUCAAACAUGAAAGCAUCAAGAUCUCGAAAGGCGACGUCAUCAGCAUCCCGAUCAUGUUCACAAACCGUGCCCCUGCUAUCUGGGGCGUAGACGCGGACAAGUUCAGGCCCGAGAGGUGGAUCGACGGGGCCGUGCCCGAGGGCGCACACAGUAUCCCCGGUAUCUGGGGCAACCAGAUGACAUUCAUGGGUGGUCCGCAUGCGUGUAUUGGGUUCAGAUUUUCGCUUCUUGAGAUAAAGGCGCUGCUAUUCGUACUUCUCCGCUCCUUUGUUUUCGAGCUUGGAGUUCCGGCGGAGGACAUAGUUGCGAAGCAGUCGGUCGUGCGACGUCCGGUCGUUGGAUCGCAGUGGGAGAAGGGAGCUCAAUUGCCUGUGGCAGUGCGCCGCUACGAGCCUACAGAGGGCAGAAUUUAG